AUGCCGGACGAUUUCAAGGGGAAAAGCUUCCUCGAACUGGACGCCAAAGCCUCUGCAUUGCCCAAGAAGUCGCCAUUCGAGAAAGCGAAAGCCGAAGCCGAAGCUAAACGCGCCCGCGAAAAGGCCGAAACCGCCGCGGUUUACGAAGAUUUUGUCAAGUCAUUCGAAGAAGAUACGUCGACAGCUCCCCGAGCCUCAGAUGGAGGACUAGGCACAUUUGGAAACAGAGGGGGUGGAUUUGGAGGGGCGCGGCCAUCGCGACACUUCUCAAGCUCCGGGACACGGAACAGUGGACCAGGAAGUCUACCACCUCCUUCUGGUCCUCUCGCGCCGCGUGGUAAUCAACGAGGAUUUGGGCCGUCGCCGCGCAACCGCGAUUCAGUUCAAGGUAUUUUGGGAUACGAUCAGCCAGGCCCCAUUCCAACAGGCCCACGAUCGGCAUUUCGCAGCACUUCGGACGAUGAGGAUGAUCGCAGGACAGAGGCAAGAGAGGCGGAGAAGGCAGCGGCUAGAUACACUCUGUGUUUAGAAUCGCUGCCACUAGGAACCUCACCCUCUGUGCUCAAGUCACUGAUCCCAUCUUUCCUAACCGUGGACAAUGUGAACAUCCUCCGACCAACAAAUCAAUCAGCCACCGAACGAAAGUCCGCAGCCGCUAUCAUUACACUCGCCAGUGAUACUCCUCUUUCAGACGUCAAUAGCGCCAUCAGCAUGCUUGAUAAGAAGUACCUUGGUCGGGGUCACUACCUAUCUAUACACAAGGGCCAUUCCUCUGCAGCCAUCAAUUCAACUUUGCCAACAACCAUUGGCACAACCACAACAAAGUCACUCCCAUUUGGUGCAAAGGCAAUUCAACCGACUUUAGGCGGAAGUUUGAACCGAGCGCCACCCCCAGGGCCUCACCGAGGAUUUGCGCCUCCGGAUUCAUAUGGGCGGACUCUUGGGAGAGGCUCUACACAGGUCGAAGUACAAGCACCAUCGGACAUCAAGCAAUUGAGGCUGAUCCAUAAGACGCUUGAGAAUCUCCUCAACUACGGACCUGAAUUCGAGGCGUUGCUUAUGAGUCGGCCGGAAGUGCAAAAGGACGAGAAAUGGGCAUGGAUUUGGGAUGCACGAAGUCCCGGCGGCGUCUACUACCGGUGGAAGUUGUGGCAAAUCAUCACCAACCCUCGGGCACAUAGCAAAAGGAAAAUGAGCCGCCAAAAUUCAUCCUUCAUUUUCGAAGGUGGGCCAGCCUGGGCUUCGCCAGAGACGGAAAUCAAGUUUGAAUACACUACGCGCCUGGAUGAAUUUGUAUCAGAGGAUGACUACAAUUCGUCCGAGGAGGAGAUGUCUGAUGGCGAGGAAGAGAGGCGCAAUCUCGGGGGUGGACCCCCUUUAGAAGGCACCGCUGCCCAAAAUGACAGCCUGGGCUACAUGAAUCCCUUACAAAAAGCGAAGCUUACCCAUCUGCUUGCCCGACUACCAACAACCCAUGCAAAGCUCCGGCGAGGCGAUGUCGCUCGGGUCACAGCCUUUGCAAUCAAACAUGCCGGAACUGGUGCACGUGAGGUUGUCGACAUGAUCGUACUGAACAUUCUCCAUCCAUUGGCAUAUACCGGGGCCAAUCCCGAGCGAGAAAUGGAGAAAGAUGCAGCAAGGCAGGAUGAUGGUGACAAGGAGUCAAAUCCCUCCAAGCAGAAAAUAGACAUGUCAUCAGCCAAACUGGUGGGGCUCUACCUCAUCUCCGAUAUCCUCGCAUCGUCAGCCACCAGUGGUGUUCCCAAAGGAUGGCGAUAUCGGUCUCUUUUCGAGGCUGCCCUCCGGUCCCACAAUAUCUUCGAACACCUUGGUAGGCUCGAAAAAGAGCUGAAUUGGGGCAGGCUCCGCGCUGAGAAGUGGAAGCGCAGCGUGGGCACCCUUCUCCAUUUGUGGGAAGGUUGGAGCAUCUUUCAGCCGACAAACCAGGAGCAUUUCCUUAAGGUACUUGAGCAACCACCACUCACCGAAGACGAGCUACGAAAGGAGUCCGAAAAGGCGGAAGCUGAGCGAGCCGCUCAUUUGGCUUCCAAGAGCAAGAGCCGAUGGAAGACAGUCGACGACGAUCCCACAUCUGGCAAAUUUGACUCUGGUCGACCUGGCGACUCCGAGAGCCAGGCGCCUCCUGUUGCUAAUGCAGAGGCCGUCAUGGAGGAUGAAUAUAUGAGCGAUCUCGAUGGGAUUCCCAUGGAAGACAGCGACCUGGAAAUGCUGGACGAUGACGGUGAGCCCAUGGACGAAGAUGCCCCUCCGCUGGGCGAAGGCGAUACACUGCCAUCGGUACCCGAUCAGCCCCCACAGCCUGAGCAUGAAGAUGGGCCGCAAGAGGAAGGAACACGGCGCCCACGUAGGCCACGGCCCAAAGCCGAAGACAUGUUUGCAUCAGAAUCGGAGUGA